AUGUUCCAGAUUGCGAUGAUGAUGCUGAUUGAUCAAAUACCAACGAAAAUCGUCGAUGGACAUGGAUUUCGUAGUUUGAUGAGUUUCCUGUUACCUGAAUAUCCAAUGCCGUCAGCGGAGUUAUUCGAAUCGACUAUCUGUCCGGAGACGUCAAAACAGGAGGAGGACAGUGAUAGUUCGUGCUCAGUGGAAAUUGAUACGACUCUAUCGCAUCUGAUAGAAGCUUUCCUCGAGUACAUUGGACGACAUUCAUUUAUUAAGGACGAGCUAAUCUCGUUGCUGACUGUAUGUCACAGUGUCUUUGGCUAUUUUGAAGAUCGACCUGCCGUAAUGACCGAAUUGUCAUUGACUAUUCCCUCUGUUGAUCCUAAGCAACCUGAACUGCUUCGUGACGUGCUGUUCGUCGCUGAACAUGCGGAACGAAUCAACUCGUACAUUCGUGCCACUCCUGAUAUGGCGCUGUUACCGAUCUCUGACGCUCAAUCGCAGACACUUGCUGAACUUGUACGUUUUGUACGAAACGAUUAA